AUGUUUGGAACACGGUCCCGUCCGGGAGCUGCGACGACUGGCGGUAUUUCACAUCGACGCGCGCAUACUCCUUUGCUUUUCGCCGAGAGAUGGAGCAACAUAUCAGAGAUGUUAACUUCUUCCAAGCACUAUCGGGCCAACCACACUUUACCGGGAUUCUAUGGUCCGUACGGAUCUAUGGUUCGGAUGGUAAUCACUGCCAGCUCGCCGCGCGCCGGUAUGGUGGUCCAGUUCACAUGUGGGCUGCCAGCAUGCCUGCACAACGAGUCUGCCCAGGUUGUCGGGUACCAAGUCGUCAUCGCCAUUCUGAAGGUGUUCCUGGAAGGGGUACUCCUGUGCGUCGAUUUCAUCCAUCCUGGUGACAAGGUACCUAGUAAGAUCCCAACCAUGGUGCCUGUCACAGGUGCGGUCAUGUUAUUGUUGAUGAUCUUCUCUACUGUCACAACACAUGACAAAACUGUUGGAGCACGACUCUCGCAGUCAUCAAGACAGCAGACGCAGUACCUAGCAAUAGAAGCUGCCAACAGACUUGCCGCGGCGAACAGCGUUGAUGUAUACAGAAACGCAACGGACUUUCUAUCGAAGUACGUCACGGACCAAAACGAAGCCAUUGGCCAGAGCAAAGAUUUCGUUCUCGAGUACACCCGAGAUGUCAACGCCGAAAGUGAUGUAGACGGAGGUGUAGGUACCUAG